UAUUCUAGCUUAGCUUGUCAGUACUGCAAGAAACAAAAUAAUAUCCAGUAGUAGCUAGAAGCUAGAGUAAGAAAGAUAUAUAGAUCCUGGACUCUGUUAGCUCUAGCUGAGAUAUGGUUGGACCAAGAAGACCUCAGUUUGUGCUGUUCGGUUCGUCCAUCGUCCAGUUCAGUUUCAGCAAUGGAGGUUGGGGUGCUAUUCUUGCUGACCUAUAUUCUCGUAAGGAACUUCUCCUGUUGUCUUCUUUGAUGGGAAGAUUACUAUUUCUUGGUCAAGACAAGCUUUCAUGCUUGUUGAAGAGUUCAGAGUUCACCCAUCAGCAAUCAAUCAAAUUUUUGGUGGCGGAUAUAAUUGUGCGUGGCUAUGCUGGUUGGAAUUCAAGGCAUGGUCUGCAGGUUUUAGAGGAAGUGUUUCCAAAGGAUGCAAGUAUCCAGCCAUCGUUGGUCAUAGUCUAUUUUGGUGGUAAUGAUUCAAUGCUCCCUGAUCCACUAGGGUCAGGCCCUCACGUACCUCUACCUGAAUAUGUAGAAAACAUGGGGAAGAUCGCUACACAUUUGAAGAACCUAUCGGAGAAAACCCGCCUAAUCUUUCUUUCAGCUCCUCCCGUCAAUGAGGAACAAAUCCGAAAACUGUUCAGAGGCAUAAUGCCGGAAAAUAGUCGAACAAACGAGCUGUGCCAAAUGUAUUCAGAUGCUUGCGUAGAGAUGUGCAAAAGAAUGGAUGUCAAGACUGUUGAUCUCUUUACUUCCAUGCAGAAAAGAAGGGACUGGUCGACUACGUGCUUUACGGAUGGAAUCCAUUUUUCAGCCGAGGGGAGCACGAUCGUGGCGGAAGAGAUAUUGAAGGUUAUUGAAGAAGCAGACUGGGAACCCAGCCUGCAAUGGAACUCAUUACCAUCUGAAUUUGAAGAGUAUACACUUCAUGUUCCCAGUCAGGAUCCACCCACAGAGGAUUAAACUUUUUAUGCUAGAUGUAUUGUAGCCCCCUAUUUCCCAUAUAAUAUAAUUGAAAAACCAACAAAAGUAGUUUCAUUACUUGCGCUCAGAAACAAAAUCUGUUGUCAACUAUUAUAAAUCAAGUCUUGUAGAGAAACAAGUGAAUGCUCAUAUAACAUCUCAAUUGGUUAUAUUACAUCAAGGGCAAGUCUACAGAUUCGGUUUUUUCCGUGUGCAAAGGAUAAUGCGAUUGAUUACAAACCCAAGCCAGUGUAUAAAAGAAAGGUCAGAUAAAGGAAUAAUACAUACAGAGGGGAAAUAACCACAAUGAACAUGUUACUUCGCCUGCACUAAUCCAAUGCAACUCGGAUGAUAUCGGCCUACUCCACCAAAGCGAAUUCAACAUCGAUCAAAAUUAGACCACACACAUCCACAUGUGAAAACCAAUCCGAAAAGAGAUGUGAAACUGAGAAUUCCAACAGCUCCAGCUGGGUGCAUG